CACGACGGUACUCUGGCACUCUACACAUCUUUUUCGAAUAUUUCGAUCUUGUAUCCUUAAUAUUGUUUGCUCGUCUUAACCGUACGCCGUUUAUUGAUCGUGCUAUCGCACGUCGUCCUUUAAAACUCUGACCAUAGGUCAUACCUACUGCCGAUUUUAUUCGUGCUAUUGCACGUCGUCCUUUAAAACUCUGACCAUAGGUCAUACCUACUGCCGAUUUUAUUCGUGCUGUCGCACGUCGUCCUUUAAAACUCUGACCAUAGGUCAUACCUACUGCCGAUCUUAUUCGUGCUGUCGCACGUCGUCCUAUAAAACGUUGACCAUAGGUCAUACCCCCGAAUGUAUUCGUGCUGCCGCUCGUUUUUGUUAUAGUGUAUUGUGUAUUACUGUAUUAGUGUGUGUCUCCGCUCGACCUUAAACUUGUUAUUUUUUGUUACUUUGAUCAUCGACUCCAAAACACAACCCAUAGUGCAGAAAUAUGAUGAACAUCGAGGAAGAAAUCGGUCUCCCCGCUCAUUUGUUAGACCAUAAUUAUUUCCGUCCAGUUGUUUACGAGAAUAACCCGAUUGAAGAACUCACGGAUGAAGAUGAAGAAGAACGAGUACUCGAGGAUGAAGAAGUACUAGAAGAUGAAGAAGAAGAUCUUGUAGAAAACGUUGUACCAGUAACCUACAGACUGAUUCCAGGGAUUCAUCAUGGUUCAAGAGUUUAUGUGGAUAAUUUAGGUUUUAAGUACUAUAAGCGCGAAGCCACAGCCAACCGCAUAUACUUGGUAUGUGAGCGGCAAAAAAGUGGGCUUUAUGAGUAUUGUCCUUGUACAGCAUCAGUGAGUACAGAAGUUAUUGACAAUAGAAUAAGAGUUCGGAAUCGACACAACCAUAGACCUGCAGAUAUAAAUUUACAUGUACCUUUCUUAAGAGAAGCAAUUGGUGCAAGGGGCAUUGAUCCUGAAAACAUGUCUGUUUCAGUUAGGACUGUUUACAACAAUGCAAUCGUUCAGUAUCCAGAAGCUGCUAACAAUUACACAUUUAUGCAAGGACAGAGAAGAUGGAAGAGGAUGCGUAGGUCUCGUCAACCAAAUGGCGGUCGCAUACCCGAGAACAUCCAUGAGCUCGCUGAAGCAUUGACCCGACCAGAGAAUGCUGCGUACAGUCACACGCUUCAAACACCACCGUCAACAUUCUUCCAACAAGAACUAGUGAUCAACGGAACAAGCGAAGGAGUUAUUUUUGCAAACUUGGAUGCAAUAAGAAGAUUUAGAGAUGAGUUGGCCACAGUAACAACUGUUGGCAUUGAUGGAACAUUCAAGACUGUUCCAGCUGCUCCAGCAGACUUGAAAAGUUUCCUGACUUUUCAAGUGGUAUUUAAGAGUGUGUCGUUUCCAAUGGUGUAUGUUCUUCUAAGAAGUCGGACAGAAGAAACAUACAUCGCAUUAUUUAACAUUGUACGGCAAAUUUUACCUCUUAACUAUAAUUUAAUUCGGUUUGUUACAGAUUUUGAAAGAGGACUCAUGAAUGCAGUUCAACAAGCAUUUCCAGAAAGCAGAUUGGGAUGUUGCUGGUUUCAUUACACCCAAACGAUUGUACGAUAUUGUCAUCGUAAAUCGAAUGGUGUUUUGGAUCUAGUCAAGAGAAGUCCUGAAGCAGCUCGUGUUUUCAGAAUGGUUCUUGCACUGCCUCAUCUGCCUGCUGUUAGGGGUCAUCCUCUAUGUCCUAGGUUUUGUAUGUAUGAUGGUUUCAGGGCCAUCAUGCAGUAUGUUCAACAAUUUCCUGAAGUCGAACAGGGAAUGAGAAAUUUUUUAAUUGGAUAUAUUGAACAUUAUUGGUUUUUUCAGGUUGGUCCAGAGUUUUUCAGUGUUUUUGGAGAAGACUAUCGUACGAACAAUUACUUGGAAUCAUUUCAUUCGACAUUACUGGUGCAAAUGGGACGUCAUCCUAAUGUUUGGGAUUUUCUCCGGAAAUUAACUUACAUUGAAAAUCAGUUUUCAGUUGAGUUUAAUCAAGUACGGAAUAAUCUCAGGGUUAGAGAUGGUAUAUCAAGAUCACAACGAGUUUUAGCAACUCAUCUAAUUGCACAAAAUGUCCAGCUCCUUAAUGAAGAACAGGACCUCUUGAUGUUUUUGCGAAGCACCGGUCACCAAAAUGAUGGAUAUGUCCAAAGGGAAAUUGGACCAUAUGCGCAGCCAUGAAGAACGGCUUCUACUUUUAUUUUAUCAAUCUUAAUGUAAUAUAUAUAUAUAUAUAGGUUAUAAUUAUUAUUUUUUUAUUUAAAUUGUUUAUACUUAGUCAUAUUUUUAAUUGUUAUAUAAUGAUCUAGGUAUUAUAAUUUCCUUAUAAAGUUAC